AGUUCUAUUCAUCCUCUUCCUUGUUUUGGCUUUCCUAAUCUCGAAACACUUUCGUGUGAACCACCUUCCUCCGAGCCCCUUUGCCUUGCCCAUCAUCGGCCAUUUCCACCUCCUCAGCCCCCUCAUCCACCGCUCAUUCCAUGACCUCUCCCGACGCUUAGGUCCCGUAUUCUUUCUCCGCCUCGGUUCGCUCCCAUGCGUCGUGGUUUCAUCACCGGAGUUGGCAAAAGAGUUUCUCAAAACACAUGAGCUCUCCUUCAUAAACCGGUCUGAAACAACAGCAGUCGAAAGGAUGACCUACAAUGCUUCGUUUGCAUUUGCUCCCUACGGCCCGUAUUGGAAGUUCAUUAGGAAGCUCAGCACCAACGAACUCCUCAGCGGCCGAAGUGUAGACAAGUUUCUUCCCAUUCGAAACCAAGAGUACAUGAGGCUGAUUAGAUUGUUGGCCAAGAAAGCCAAGGCUUGUGAACCUGUCAACCUCAGUGAAGAGCUACCGAGGGUCGGCCAUAACAUUAUCGGGCAGAUGAUGCUGGGGAAAUAUUCAAGUGCUUCGAGGGCGGAGAAGGCCAGGUUGGUAGUCCGGGAGGCUACCAAGAUUUUCGGAGAGUUCAAUUUCAGUGAUUUUAAUGGGAUUUGGAAGAAGUUAGAUUUGCAGGGAUUCCAGAAGAGAAUAGAUGCCACACAUCACAAGUUUGAUGCAUUGGUGGAGGAGUUCAUUGCUGAACGUGAGGAGUUGAGGAAGAAGAAUAUUGAUGGAGGCAACAGUACUAGUGCUGAAGAAAAGGAUGUCAAGGGCUUUCUUGAUGUAUUGCUUGAUAAGGUGGAGGAGUGUAAGAGCAGCACUGAGAAUGGCGAGGUCGAGUUUUCAAGAAAUAAUGUUAAGGGUCUCAUAACGGAUUUGUUUUCGGCUAGCAUAGAUACGACCUCCAUCUCAAUGGAAUGGACGCUGGCAGAGCUCAUCAAUCAUCCAGAGGUGCUCAAGAAAGCAAGAGAAGAGAUAGAUCGAGUAGUUGAAACCGGAAGAUUAGUCGGAGAAUCAGAUCUUCCAAAUCUUCCUUACAUCCAAGCCAUUAUGAAAGAAACAUUCAGGCUGCACCCACCCUUGGCUUUUGUUGCAAGAAAAUGCACACAACAAAGCAAGGUUGGUAAAUAUAUCAUUCCAGAAAACACAAUGUUAUUUGUGAACAUUUGGGCUAUGGCAAGGGAUCCCAAGAAUUGGGAAAACCCAUUGGAGUUUAGGCCUGAAAGGUUCUUACAACUCGAUGCUGACGACUCGACAAAUGCAAUAGAUAUAAGAGGUCAACAUUUUCAGUAUCUUCCAUUUGGGUCUGGAAGGAGGAUAUGUCCUGGCUUACCCUUAACCAUGAAAAUGCUACCGACGCUCCUUGCAAUUAUGAUUCAGUGCUUUGAUCUCAAAGUAAGUGGAGCAGAAUGCAAAAACACAAGUAAUGGCAAGGUUCUUGAAAUGGACGAACGACCUGGAUUUACAACUCCCAGGGCUUCUGAUCUUGUGUGCGUUCCAGUUUCCCGCUUCAGCUCACCAAUCAAAUAUCCUUGAUUCCUAACGAAACAUCACAACAAGCUUUGGAAUGAUGGCUCUACAAUGUCAGUAUGUCGAACUGAAAAUUUAGUGACAAAAAAAAAAAGUGUGUUCUUUGUUUGCAAUAAAUAUUAUACAUAAACAUU